AUGGUAACUAAAAAUGGCAAACUGGUUUCUGAAGUGUUGGUCCAAUGGGAUUCUGCCUUAGAGCAAGAUAAUUCGUGGGAGCAAACUAAGGAAAUGAAAAGAGCUUACCCACACUUCAACCUUGAGGACAAGGUUGCUUUUAUAGGGGGUAGUAAUGUAACAAACAAUGAGGCUAGCAAAAAUAAAGAGAAUGAAGUUGUUAUUCGUAAUGGCCACGUGUCAACAAAUGAAGUGGGGAAGGACGUGCGCAAAAACCCAGAUAGGGCCGACAAACCAAAUGAGCCCGACGAAACAGACGGGCCCGAUGACCCAGACGGACCAUACGACCUAGACAGGUUCGACGACCCGGACGAGCCUAACCACCCGGACGGGCCCAACGAUCCGAACAGGCUCGACGAACCUAACGAGCCUCACGAUCUGAACGGGCCCAAUGAUCCAGACAGGCCCAACGACCCGAACGAGCCCGACGACCCGUAUGGACCCGACAACCCGUAUGAACCCGACGACCCGGACGGGCCCUAUGACCCAGAUAGGCCCGACAACCUAUAUGGGCUCGAAGACACGUACGGACCUGACGACCCGGAAGGGCACGACGACCUGGACGAGCAUGACAACUCGGACGGGCCCGACAACUUGGAUGAGCCCUACGACCCGGAUGAGCUCGACGACCCGGACGGGCCCCACAACCCAAACAAGUCUGACGAUCCGAACGAGCCCAAUGACCCCGACGAGCCUGAUGAUCCAGACAAGCCCAACGACCCGAACGAACCCGACGACCUGGACGAGCACGACCAUCCAGAUGGGCCCGAUGAUCCAAACAGGUCAAACGAUCAGAUUAGGCUCGUCCAUGUAGUCGGGCCCGUCCGGGUCACCGGGCCCAUCCAGGUCGUCCGACUCGUUCGAGUCAUUAGGUCGUCAGACCCAUCCGUGUCAUUGGGCCCUUUUUGGUCGUCGGGCCCAUCCGAGCCGUUGGAUUCGUUCGGGUCAUCAAGCUCGUCCUUGUCAUCGGGCUCGUCCAAGUCAUCACGCCCGUCUGGGUUGGUUGGCCCGUCCGGGUCGUCCGGCCCGUCCGGCUUGUCCGGGUCGUCCGGCCCGUCUGGGUCGUCAAUCCGUCCGGGUCGUCGGGUCCGUCCGGGUCAUUGGGCUAAUCCGGGUUGUCGGGCUCGUUCGGGUUGUCGGGCCCGUCCAAGUCGUCAUGCAUGUCCGGGUUGUCGGGCUCGUACGUGUCGUCGGACCCGUUUGGAUCAUUGGGCUUGUUUGGGUCGUAGGGCCCGUCCAGGUCAUCGGGUCCAUACGGGUCGUCGGGCACAUUGA